UGUAGUCCGUCUCGUUUGGCCCAGCCGCGGGACUGUCCCCCUCAGCUCCCAGGUCCACCCCAGUGGGCACACACUCUGGCGGCGCUGCUGCCCCGCGCUCCCGCCCUCUGCCUUUCAUGCCAGCCGCCAAGAUCUUGGAAGCUUUGAAGCACAGCAGAGAAGGGAAAUCCACUGAGGACACUCUGUAAAGGUCAUUACCUUUCCAUCUCUGUGACAAAAUACCUGAGAAAAUCAAGUUCUAUGGAGGAAAGACUUGUUUUGGCACAUGUCUUUGGAAACUAAAGUCCUGGAUGCUUGCCUCCUUUAUCUUAGAGCAUGGUGUGAUGGAAUAUCAUGGCAGGGAUCAUUUAAUGGAGCAGAGCUGCUCACUUCAAGGAACUGUAAAAAGACCAUGAAGUCACAUGCCAUAUGACAGCUUCUGUCUUCUGUUUGAAACCAAUUCUCCCUGCUUCAGUGGAGUGGCUGGGAGAGGGUGCUUGGCAUUGACAUUCAAAUGAAUGUAUCAAAUAUCUCUCAGGGCUACAGAAUUUCUUUAUCUGAUGUUGCCACAACAAACUGCUCAGAGGUGUUUGUCCGAAUCACUCUUGGCUUUUUAUAUUCUGACUGUGGAAUGAAAGGAAAGAAGUCUAUUGUCAGUGUCUUUCAAGCUCCGAAGUAAGACUUGCUUCUCAGAUCUUCCAUGGGCUUCUAUGCUUAUGUAUCUGUGUCUCCAGUGGCCCACUGACCUGCAGCCCAUUUCCAACUUGUCUAUACCUGAUAGACUUCACCAGGUGGUGUACAUCUGCAGGGAUUUAGAGGAAGUGGACUUGAUCACUGAGUACUCUACCAGCAUUCCCUGUGAAACCAUGUCGUUUAGAUUUGGCCAGCAUCUCAUCAAGCCCUCUGUGGUUUUUCUCAAGACUGAACUGUCCUUUGCCCUGGUGAAUAGGAAGCCCGUUGUACCAGGCCAUGUCCUUGUGUGCCCCCUGAGGCCAGUGGAGCGCUUCCGUGACCUACGUCCUGAUGAAGUGGCUGAUUUGUUCCAGGUGACCCAGAGAGUGGGGACAGUCGUGGAGAAGCAUUUCCAGGGGACCUCCAUCACCUUCUCUAUGCAAGAUGGUCCCGAGGCUGGACAGACUGUGAAGCAUGUACAUGUCCACAUUCUUCCUAGGAAGGCAGGGGACUUCCACAGAAAUGACAGCAUCUAUGAUGAGCUCCAGAAACAUGACAAAGAAGAAGAGGACUCCCCAGCCCUUUGGAGAUCUGAGGAGGAGAUGGCUGCGGAAGCUGAGGAGCUGCGUGUCUACUUUCAGGCAUGAAAGUAACUCAAACAAAUCCCAAGGCAUAAGGAAAUGGGCCUCACUCUUCUGGACUCUGCAGCAUUGAAAAUGAAGCUGAGCAGACUUUAUUACAUCCCAAGAUUCUGCAGCCUUUUGCAAAGCAUUUUAUUGCACUUGUGGAAGCCACUGGGGUUAUGUUUCAAUCACGAUGACUGACAGGCUAACUUCACAAACAGUAGCAUAGACAGCCUGCCACAGUUUCUCAGUUACAUACUUAGAAUAGGACCUUUUCCAAACUGUCCCUUAGCCUGGAUGAAAAUAAAGUGAUAGCUAAAACAUU